GGAGGAUGGGGAAUCCAAAAAAGGGGUGACAGGUGGAAGGAGGGAGAGAGGUGGGAUGGGUGGAGUAAGAGAUGUAUUUAAGAAGCCGUCCUCCACGUCCUCCCUACCAGCUGAAAACUUCUCCUCUCUGCGUCUGACCAGCAGGAUAACACCCAGAAUGUCUUUGCCUAACUCAGAGAAUGCCUCCACCCUGGAGAACGCCAUGCAGCUUAUGAUCCAGACCUUCCAUAAAUACUCUGGAAACGAGGGGGACAAAUACACACUGAGCAGGGCUGAGCUCAAAGAGAUGCUCACUGCAGAGCUUGGCAACUAUCUGGGGAAUGCCCAAGACAAAGAGGCCGUGGAUAAGGUCAUGGGAGACCUAGAUUCUAACAACGAUGGAGAGGUAGAUUUCACAGAGUUCAUCAUCCUGGUUGGAGCUCUUACUGUGGCCUGUAAUGACUUCUUCCUGGAGUACAAGGACAAGCCGGAGAAGAAGUGAGCACUCCCCUCAGUCCAAAGAUAACCGCUCUGCAAAUUCACAUCCUCAUGCUCCACCGAGAGAUCACCCAAGGCAGGAGGGAACUCCAAUCUAGAAACAUCUUGUAAUGUGACCUUUGCAGGAAUUGUUGGGUGUUUGUGGAUUUGUCUGCAACGACCAGAUUAAACUGUUUUAUUGUUGCAAUAUGAGCUAUCAUUGUUGUGAAUGUCAGUAUCUCCCAUACUCUCUCCUUUCCAUGCAUUUUGUAACAACUUCAAGCUGAAGAAUUUCCACCCUGGAAAGAAUAAAUGUGAACUUUACUGAAACAAUGCAAAGAUGGCUGUGGCUGUGCUUUAUUUGAACAAAACACAA